AUGGCGCCCCCCCGCUGGUGGGAUGGCUACAACUCGUUGUUCGCACUGCUGGGGCAGCUGGUGCAGCGUGACCUGCCGCAGCUGCUGGAAAAGAAGCUGAAGAACAUUGGCAACACCAUUAGUCAGCACGAGAAGGGGAUUGAGGACUUGAGGGUCGAGGCCUCCGCUGCUGGUGUGGCUGAUUUGGAGGCAGCGCUGGCUUCUCUUCAACCCAUCGGGCCGGCAUCGACUGUUGGCAUCAGCACAAAGGUGCGCUAUGUUGAGGCGCUGAUGAGAUGGAACGCGCACCAGGAGAUGCGCAAGCAGAAGAUGGGCUUGAGCAUGGUCCUGCAGGGCCCGAUGGCUGUCCAUGUACAUGCCAAGGCCAGCGACAACAAGAAGGAGGAGCAGUUGCGCAAGGCGGUCGUUGCAUGCGAGAUGGAGCUUCAGAUUGAUCCAGGCAAGCUUGCUGGGCCCUAUCAGCGUUGGGCCCCAGGGCAGGAAGAGUAUGAUGCUGGUGCCAGGCAGGUGGCCCUCCGAGUGUGCAUAGCCGAGGCGCGCGAGAUUCAGGACCGCGUGUUCAGGAUCAAGAUGAUAAAACAAGACAAGGCGCAGGAGAGCGGCAACGCUGCCACAAAGAUGGGCAGGAAAAUCAGCAAGCUGCGCAGCGAGGCCGAGCAGCACCUGCAGCUGUACCUGGAGUGGCAGGCCAAGCUUGACGGCCGAGGGCAAUACAGGUGGGUGGAGGGCGUUGGUGCUAGCAGCAGCUCAGCAACCCGGCACUUUGGCCAGCGGUACCGUCAGCUGUGCGCGCAACGUGACCGCAGCGCCGAGGAAGUCGGCAUUCUACACUGUGAGGUCCUGCGCCUAUGCAAUGGACUGGAGGAGCGCACCGCCUUGAUCGAGGCAAACCUAGCAGAGUUGCAGCCAGCAGGCGGUGAUGAUGUCAUCGGUGCAGAUCGGUGCAACGCAACCCACGCUUGGCCCGCAUAGUUGAUUGCGGGCAAAACAGCUGCAUUGCGUGCCGAGUUGCUGCGCCUUCAGUUGAUUCUGGUGGAGGUCAAUAACUUGCGUGCCAAACACUUGUGAUUUUUUUAAUCAAACAUAUAUGCAAUUGCCCAGUCAC